AAAGUGAUGACUUGGAGAGAGGCGAGAAGGAAGAGAACAAGAUGGGAUUGAUGAUGGAAAACACAUUUUAGUAUAAAAAUUAAAAAAAAAAUCCAGACCUUUCAAAAACCUGGAAACCCCACCAGAUGGAACUUACAGAUUUGCAAAACAAUAAGCAAGCCAACAACAAUUCCGAAGAAUCGCACCGCCAUCAGCACCACCAGCAGCAGGAAGAGCAGCUUCAACAUCAAAAACAGUCUUCUUCUUCUUCUUCUCACUUUGUGGUUCCUUUUGAUGACACCAGAUCUCCGGGUCCUCCUUCAGUUAACCCUUUUAAUAUGGGCUCCAUUUCUCAACAUCAUCACCUUCUUCUUCGUCCAACUACUACAACCACCGCCGCCGCCGCAGCAACGCCGCCUCUCCCGUCUUCUUCUUCAUCAUCUUCGACCACUGCAACGAACCCAUCACCUCAGCUCGUUGACGCCUCUCUUGCUAUCGCUACCAGAUCUAGUUCUCUCAACAUAGAUUCCAAGAACCAAACGAACUCUUCGCUUUCAUCUACAACGACGGCGACGGCAGCAGCCGCUAACCCACCAGCGAAGCGCUCCACCAAGGACCGACACACCAAAGUCGAUGGUCGAGGCCGCCGUAUCAGAAUGCCAGCUACUUGUGCAGCUAGGGUUUUUCAAUUGACUAGAGAAUUAGGUCAUAAAUCCGAUGGGGAAACAAUUGAGUGGCUUUUACAACAAGCUGAACCGGCGAUAAUAGCAGCCACCGGAACUGGUACCAUACCGGCCAAUUUUUCAACUCUUAAUAUUUCUUUAAGAAGCAGCGGUUCAACGCUUUCAGCUCCACCUUCAAAAUCCGUUCCUCACUCCUUCCAUGGCGCUUUAGCUUUGGCUUCUCAUCAUCACCACCCAUAUGACGAAGGGUUCGCUCAUAGCGCUUUGUUGGGAUUUCAUCGGCAGCAGCAACAACAGCAGCAUUUUUUAACGGAUGAUCAAAUAGCCGAAACUUUACCCGGCGGCGGAGAUGGUGGGAGUUUAAGUGAGAAUUAUAUGAGGAAACGUUUCAGAGAGGAUUUGUUUAAGGAUGAUAACCACCAACAAGGCGAAAGUGGUAGUGGUGGCGGAGAUGAUUGUCCUAAUAAGGCUUUCAAAACCGGUUUAAGCCAAUUAUCGAAACCGCAACAACAACAACAACAACAACAAGAUGUCGGAUCUUCAGGUCUACUUCGACCAUCGAAUAUACUGCCUGCUACUGCUAUGUGGGCAGUAGCACCAGCACCGAGCAGCGGAGCUGGAAGUACAUUUUGGAUGUUACCGAUGACCACUGCUGGCGCUGGUGGCCCAUCGAUGACUUCGAGUACAUCUGGGGCUGACCAGGGUCAACCCCAGAUGUGGCCAUUUGGAACAGCAAGCGGAAACACAAUGCAAGCGCCAUUACAUUUCCUACCAAGAUUUAAUCUUCCAGGUAACCCUGAAUUCCAAGGUGGUAGAGCCGGUCCUCUGCAAUUAGGUUCAAUGUUAAUGCAGCAGCAGCAACCUCCUCCUCCUCAUCACCUCGGUUUAGGUACGUCCGACACUAAUUUAGGCAUGUUGGCCGCUCUUAAUGCCUAUUCUAGAGGCGGUCCGAACAUUAACUCGGACCAAAAUAAUCCACUCGAACAUCAUCAUCAUCAACAACACCAACCUGAAGGUACAGAUAGUGGAGAUGAUGAAGACCCUAAUAACUCUCAAUGAUGUUCGGAGAAUUAAACACACAAAGUUGGUCAGUAGCUAGGGUUUUUAAUUAAAUUCCCAUAUAUAUUACAUGAUUGAGUGCCUUGGGAUUUAUUUCCUUUUUUCACCUUGAGAAAAAUGAAUACAUGCAAUCUGUGCCAUUGUUAGUAUUGUUUGUCCAUUUUGAUUUCUGGUUUUUAUGAAGUCUGAGUUUGUAAUUUAUGUUUGAUGUCCGAAGGGGACACCACAGAGAGCAGUAAUGAGAGAAAAUAGAGUUGUUUUUGUAUAGGAGGAUAUUUGUUUUGUGUUAGAUUAUUACAGGUGUUUAAAUAAAUUUAUCUAA